CCAACCACUACCCAACGAAUCUCCCUUUACGCGGGCAAUCUCGUCCAUUUGCCUGUCACCGCACGCACCGUACCCAACACCGUUACAAUGACCCUUCCUUCCAAUCAAAAACCCACAAGAAAAACCACUCGCUUCAAUUCUCCGAUCUCGAUCGAACCAGAGCCGGACUUAGCCAGAGAGUCUGGACAUGGGUGUACCGGCGUUCUACAGGCUUCUCGCAGACCGAUACCCGCUAUCAAUUUCGGAUGUGAUCGAAGAGGAACCUCAAGAGGAUUCGAAUGGAAACUCCAAACCAAUCGAUGUUUCAAAGCCUAACCCUAACGGUAUUGAGUUUGACAAUCUGUAUUUGGAUAUGAACGGGAUUAUCCAUCCCUGCUUCCAUCCUGAAGGCAAGCCUGCACCUGCUACUUAUGAUGAUGUGUUCAAGUCCAUAUUUGCUUACAUUGAUCAUUUGUUUGCUUUGGUUCGUCCAAGGAAACUACUUUUUAUGGCAAUUGAUGGGGUUGCUCCUAGAGCUAAAAUGAACCAGCAACGGUCGCGACGGUUUAGAGCUGCAAAAGAUGCUGCUCAAGCAGAAGCUGAAGAAGAAAGAUUGAGGAAAGAAUUUGAGGCUGAGGGGGAGCUUUUAUCCGUUAAAGAAAAGCCUGAAACAUUUGAUUCUAAUGUUAUCACUCCUGGCACUCAAUUUAUGGCUGCUCUUUCGACUGCGCUUCAGUAUUAUAUACAAAGUAGAUUGAAUCACAAUCUGGGCUGGCAGAAUACCAAGGUUAUUCUUUCUGAUUCAAAUGUUCCUGGUGAGGGAGAGCACAAAAUCAUGUCUUAUAUAAGAUUGCAACGCAACCUUUCCGGUUUCAAUCCAAACACACGCCAUUGUCUGUAUAGUCUGGAUGCAGAUUUGAUUAUGCUGUCAUUAGCCACGCGUGAGGUUCACUUUUCCAUAUUAAGAGAGAUAGUUACACUUCCCGGGCAGCAGGAUAAAUGUUUUCUCUGCGGUCAAGCUGGUCAUCUUGCAGCUGAAUGUCGUGGCAAGCAAGGAGAUGAUGCUUUAGAUUGGCAUGUGGUAGAUGAUACCCCAAUUCACAAGAAGAAAUAUCAGUUCCUCAACAUCUGGGUGCUGCGAGAAUAUUUGCAAUAUGAUCUGGACAUUCUGAACCCACCAUUUGCUAUCGACUUUGAACGAAUAGUGGAUGACUUUGUGUUCCUGUGUUUUUUUGUUGGCAAUGACUUCCUUCCGCAUAUGCCAACAUUGGAAAUUAGGGAGGGUGCUAUAAGCUUACUGAUGCAUAUUUAUAGAAGGGAGUUCUCUGCAAUGGGUGGUUAUCUUACUCUUGCGGGUGAGGUUUUCCUAGAUAAAGUAGAACACUUUAUUCAGUGUGUUGGUGUUUACGAGGAGCAAAUCUUUCAGAAGAGGACUCGUAUACAACAGGCUUUCGAUAAUAAUGAAGAGAUGAAACUCAAAGCAAGAAGAGAGUCCUCUGAAGUGAUACAAGCACCAGUUGUAGAUAAGGUUAAAUUAGGGGAACCUGGAUACAAAGAGAGAUACUAUGCUGAGAAAUUUGAGUUGUCAAAUCAAGAGGAGAUUGACAAAGUUAGAAAGGAAGUGGUAUUGAAGUAUGUGGAAGGAUUGUGUUGGGUCUGUCAUUAUUACUUCCAAGGUGUUUGCUCUUGGCAAUGGUUUUAUCCGUUCCAUUAUGCUCCAUUUGCUUCAGAUCUUAAGGAUCUGGGUGAGGUGGAAUUAAACUUUUUUAUUGGAGAGCCAUUCAAACCCUUUGAUCAACUUAUGGGAACGCUACCAGCUGCAAGUUCUAAUGCUUUGCCAAAAGAAUACAGGAAAUUGAUGACCAAUCCAUCUUCACCAAUUCAUAGAUUCUUUCCCUCAGAUUUUGAAAUUGACAUGAAUGGCAAGCGCUUUGCUUGGCAGGGUAUUGCCAAAUUGCCAUUCAUUGAUGAGAGGAAAUUGCUUGCCCAGACAAAGAAGCUUGAAAGCACUUUAACGGAGGAAGAGCAGAUCAGGAAUAGAGUGAUGCUUGAUUUGCUAUAUAUUCAUCCUGUUCAUCCAUUAGCUCAACUAGUUAUUUCAUACUAUCAACAGAACGAUCAUUUAUCUGAAGGUGAAAGAUUUGCUUGGGAAAUUGACACAAGAGCCAGUGGGGGGAUGAAUGGUUGUCUUUGGUUAUAUGAGAGAAAUGUGCGGAGAAGUGUGGUCCCCUCUCCUAUACUUGGAUUGCCAGCCUUAGAGGGUAACCAAGUUUUAAAUAUCACAUUUCUAAAUCCUAAAAACCGUGCACACAUCCCAGAAAUUCCUGAGGGUGUAGUCAUGCCUGAAAAGAUCGUAAAACCUGUAGAUCUUAAACCAUUCCCCACAUUAUGGCAUGAAGAUAAUGGCCGGAGACAGCAAGGCAGGGAAAGGCCACAAGUACAACGAGCAAUAGCUGCCCCCUUCCUGGGGGAUGCAGCUCAUCGUCUUGUCAAGAACACCCUUAAUAUCAAACCAAAUGGUUCAUCCUCUAGAGUGUUUGACCAGCAACUAUAUCAUAGUAUCCCCGGCAAUUACACAUUCUACAGACCAAGACCAGCUGGACCAGCUGGUUAUGGAAGGGGCUAUUGGGAUGAUCCAAACUAUCAUUAUGCACAGCACAGUAACCAGCAAGGCCUGAUGAGUAAUCCUAGGUAUCGAUCUUUGUCAAAUGGUGUGCAAAGCAACCGACACAACUUUAGGACUCAAGACGGAGUACAGUACCAUCAACAGUAUCAUAACUUGAGUACUGGGGUGUCUGCUCUGACUGUAGAAGAAAAUAUCAGAAGCAGGGCACCUGCAGUGAUCUCACCUCGAAUGCCGAAUCCAGGAAACACUCCAAACUUACAAAAUCAGGCCGAGCAGAACACAGGUCUACUUUCAUCACCACCCACCAAUUGGAUCAACAAAACAGCUGCAGGAAACACUGGAAUGUACUUCAAACAAAAAUCAACAUCGAUAGGUCCAAAUGAGAAGCAGGUGAAGCAGGUUUAUCAGGUUAAGACACAAGUAGCUCAGGAGACGCCAGAUAUUCAAGCUCAGGAGACGCCAGAUUUAAAACAGCAGUAACAUUUUAUAUUUGAAGAAUCUUGCAUGUUUUUGCCACACCCACAUUGCAGUGGCAAUGCAUGUUCAUUUGAAUCUUUGCAUAAGCGCAAGUUUUUGGCGAAUUUACUCGGUUUGGGCAACAGUCACAGAAACUAUUCCUGGAUGGUAUGCAGCUGCAAGAGCUCGUGGAUGUUAAAGAGUAUAAUAUAGUGAACAGUGGCCUUUUUGAGAUCCACUUUUGAUUUGGUGCGAGUUAGCAUACUGCAUCUCACCUCAUUCAUGUUGCAGCUGCUUUCAUCCAGAUUUUCCUAUUUGUUUACCAGAUUGUCGUAGAAAACUGUAUCAUACAAAUGUUUGGUUGUAAUCGGGCAUCUAUCUCAGAAAUGUCGUCAGUAUGUACCGUAUUUUGGAUGAUGUAAUUCUAUGCAGUAUCCUUUUUAGUGACUCGGAACUUUUUGCUUCA